CUUUUGCAGGGUGUUCUGGAGUAUCGUGUAAAAUGGAAGGGUUGGAAUCAACGAUAUAAUACGUGGGAGCCAGAAGUGAACAUUCUCGAUCGACGUCUUAUAGAAAUUUACGAACAGAGCAACCGAUCAUCAAAUACUCCAUCAAAACGAGGUAGUAAACGCAAAGAAAAAGCGCAGGACCCCGAACCUGAAUCUGAGGAAGAUGAGUACACUUUCACCGGUGACGAUGUGGAUACAAAUCAAGCUUCCACGUCAGCCGCGGCAUCUGCAUUAACAAGCAGCAGUCAUCACCAUCACUCUUAUCAUUAUGAAAAAGAGAAGGAAAAAGAAAAGAAACGGGAUCACAAUCAUCACCAUCAUCAUCACUCAGCGAAAUCUGAACGGAAUCGCUCUCGCUCACCACACACAGACUCGCAUCGAGAAAAUGGCGGACAUAAGCGUCAUACUUAUACCUCCACAUCGGCAUCGAUGUCUGCUGCAGUUGUGGCAGCCGCAGCUGCUUCUAAUUCUGCAUUGAAUUUCAUUCCUGAAGCUGAUUCAAAUUCAUCCAGUUCGGAGGACCAGCCGCUUAGCCGAAAAGAAGUAACCCCUAUGGGCACUAAACGCAAAGCAGAAGUGUUAAAGGAGUCGGGUAAAAUAGGAGUCACUAUAAAAACAUCACCCGAUGGUCCACCGCCGCCUAAACAACAUUGUGCGAAUGCUGUCAGUGUAGACACAGCCACCUCGAUAUCAACUCCGUUAAAAUCGGAAACUGAACCGCUUUCCCCAGAGACACCUGCUUCGCGACCAGAACAAGCCACACCCGCAGAGAAAAACGCAGCAUUGCAGCAUCAUUAUAAUGCUUCAGCAGCGGAUGAUGAUGAUUCAUCAUCACAAGCAGAUAGCCAAACGGAGAAUGUCAAUUCGGCAGCGCAAAGCAAGGCAACGGGUGACGACGGUACCUAUUCGCCAAAGCGCAACGGUCACACUACCGACGAGCAUCAGCGUCAAAGUGCGCUGGAGCCACUUUCACCGAAAGCGCUGCCACCUCGCUUUUGGUUGCCUAGCAAAUGUAAUAUAUCCGACAAAGUGGUGAUCACCGAUGUUACAGUAAAUUUAGAGACAGUGACUAUUCGCGAAUGCAAAACUGAACGUGGGUUCUUUAGAGAACGGGAAUUAAAAUCUGGUGGUACGAAAACUGAAUCUGACUCGGUAGCCUAAAAAAAAAA